AUGCGGCACUGGCCUGUCCUAGUGUUGGGGAGGAGCUGCCUGCAGCGCUGGAGGCAAGUGGCAAUGCGUGGAGCGGCGACUGGAGGAGGUGCUGCUCACAUGCGCAGCUGUCACCCUGCAGGGCCAGUGGUAAGUAAGUCUAACACCGACGCCAUGGGGCAGCCGGGUGUCUUGCCACCGUGGCCGGUGGACGCGAUUGAAUUCAACACAAGACUUCCAAGCGGCGGACACGACAAGCGCCGCGCUAACGAAAAAGAUACAGCUCUUCUUGUCUGCUCCAAAGCCUCUCCGAUGGGCCCCGAUACAACAUAUAGUGGGGAACUACCGUCGCCGCAAACACCAACAGAGCAGCAGUGGCAUGAGGUUCAUCGUGUGGAAAAAACAGAAGUCGGGGCGCGGGCUCUGGCUGCGGGCGGGUGGGUGUGCGGGUCGUGUUUCCAUUGCAUGCCACAUCGUUCUCGCUCUGUCUGUGACUUUUGUCAUGCUGUCCGUCACGAUGCGGCGGAGGCGGUGGCAGGCUGGCGUGAGGAUCCCACCACGUGGUUUUGUAGUCGAUGCCGCGAAUUCAACUUUGAGCGAGACUUUGCCUGUCGCUCUUGUGGGUUGCAGCGCGAUGCGCAGCUUGAACUGCGUGUGGUGCGUCAUGAGCGGGUGCUGGACGAGAUUCAGCGUGUCCCAGUGGGUUCCGUGAUUGUGACGAGAAAUCGCGUCACACGGUGGCGUUGUCUAAGGUGUUCGGAGUCGAAUGCACUCCAGUCGUCAGUAUGUCGCCACUGCAGCAAGGAGCGUUUUGAUUUUACGGUCACCUGCCCUACGUGUAAGGUGUCACAGAAGCUGAGCAACAAGCAGAUGUACGGGUCUGAGCCGGCGGACCACAUCCAUGUGUCACGCCCGUUUGGACUACAUAACUGUUUCCCACGUUUGGCUCCUGAGCAGCGCUGCAAGGCUUGCCGAGGUUCUCUGCAUGGGGCGACCGCCUCUUCCCGGAGCGACGCAUGGCUCUGCGCCUGUGGGCACGUUGGUAACUGUGCCACCCUCUCCUGUGCGAGAUGCCGAUUCCCUCGUCGGCCGCCUCAAACUGCCAUGUUAGAGGAGUUGCUGCGGGUGUGGGAUUUUGCGGGAGCCACGAAUUGGUACUGUGAGAGUUGCAACCACGUGAACAAGGCUUCGCGGCACAUUGUGGCGUUGGAGCGGCGCGGCCCAUCGCCACUUGUGGACGCAAAGACCUCCACGAAGCGGGGCGGCGUGUUGAAGGUGUCACGCAUCAUGCACGGGUUCUCCCACUGCGAGUGCUGCGGGAUUCAGUGGCACCACCAGUCGCUGAAUGAUGGCCAGCACUGGCGCUGCGCCUGCCACAAGGUGAACCACAACGACGACACGUGCUGCCAGGUUUGCCGGUUGCCUGCCGUGGACAACAUUCGCUCCGACGUGCUCUCCUCCUGGUCGCGCGGAGACUGGUACUGCUCGCGCUGCCAACGCCAGAACUACAGGGAGAAGGUCAUCUGCUCCUGUGGGGAGAAGCGUCCAAAAGGCUGA